AGUGCGAUAAAGAAAAACACACGAAAAGCUGAGCGGCGGCCUCGCCUGCACGCACCUCCAAGCACGCACACACGCGUGCAUCGAUACUCAAAUACCAUAGACUUGGUGCACCACAGCAGAGCACCAGAACAGAUAGAUCUGCUUUUUGUAUUUUCAAACAGCAACGUUCGGUUCUUCUGAAAUGACCUCCGUUGUGCACGACCUCUGCCAAUACCGGUACGUGACCUCGGUGCACCGCCCGUUGCCCUGGGCACACGUCCGGCACGUGUGCAUCCCCGAGCUGCGCCACGAGUCACCGGACCUCCCGUUGAUGGCCAACCUCAUCGCCGGUCUCGCCGACUGCGACGUGUCCUUAACGGAAAUACGCGAGCACAACGACGCAGACCUUCUGCAGCUCGUCGAGGUGCUGCAGGCCUGUCUGCAAUUCGCGUUGUGGUCGCAGAACAUUCUCAAAGAGAAGCUGUUGGAGCUGCAGUCGUCGCAGGUUGCAAAGCGAGUCUCGGCGCGGCAGCUGGACCACUUCGAGUCUCGAUGUCGGGCGCUGGAGAGAGAGGUGCAGACGCUGGUCGGUGAGCGAGAUACGCUGUCGUUGGGCACGGCGAACUUGCGGACUGCAUUGGUGCAGCUGGAGACGACCGUCAAGAUGCAGGAGCGACAGCUCAAGCAGGAACGCGAGCGCACCUCCCUGCUCGUGGAGAAGAUGGAGAAGGCCUUCGCGGAGAGCGCGCAGUUGCGCUGCCCGGCAGCGUCUUCCAUGCCGCCCAACGCGGUGCAGCGGCCGCAGGAUGCACGUGAGGCCCUGCGCUGUCCGACGCACAGGCACCGUCGGCGCCGAUCAGGAGCGCACAGCAUACCAGGUGGGGUGCGUCCGGGUAGGCAAAAGGCGUCUUCUACGCUGGCCGAGUCGGAUACCGUCUCCGACACGGCGACGUCCCUCACCGACGACAGCACGAUGAACGCAGAAGCGGAGUUUGUCUGGGAAGAAGCCCGGCGUGGCGAUCGCCGUCGCCGUGCGCACCCCUACAGCGAUGGGCGGGGGGCGGAGGGCAUCUUUCCCUCUCCCUGCGUGGACUGGCGCACCUUGGUCCGCUACAUCAUUCAUGAAGAGAAGCACACACCUGUGUGGCCUGCCGCCCCUGCUGCAACGCAAAUGCCUGUGUCCGCCAUUGCUUCGCCUUCUGGUCCGGCUCCCGUUGCUGCUACUGCUGCUGCCGCCCCGUCGCCACCAGCGUUGCCGGCGCCCUCGGACAGCGGUCUCCGCCAUGACUUUUGCGAUCCGCUGCAGGCGCUCUUUUCGGGCUUCACGGCCGCCGUUGCUGGAGAGGUGGGAGAGUACGCACGCGGUACGGCGGCGCAGACCCGUGAUUUCGUCGCAGCAACGACGCAGCAACGCAUCCAAGAACUGACAGCCGCGCAGCAGCGGUUUGUGAAGGACGUGCGUGAUGUUCUUCGCUCGGUGCCCCUCGCUCCUCCUCCAGCCGCCGCCUCUCCUUCCCCUCCAUCUCCAGCGAUGUCCCCUCCGCUGUCCGCGCCUUCUAUCGCAAACGUAGAAGCCAAGCGAGAGGACGUAUCCCGCAAUACGCAACCCCAAUCGGAGCACCCCGCCACACCGCCUUCGCCAACCUCACCCCCUCACCUCACUUCAUCUUCGCCGCUCAAGUUUGCUGAUCUAACCGAUGCGACAAAGAAACUCAAGGGGCCCGCUCUCGCAGCUGGAAGUCUCCCCCAAACUGCCGUCCCUGCGGCAGCGAGCAGUCCACGAGAUGCGGGCUACAGCUUCGGCAGCCUCUUCCGUUCUCGCGACGACAGCAGUCCCGUCGUAUCCGUCUACCGCGGGUCGCAGCCGCCCUCCCUCUUUAACUCGCCGCAGCCGGAGGCGCGGUCGGAGACGGGCAGCCCGCAGCAACACCGCAGCACCUCCGGCGCCGUGCGCAGCAGUAACGGAAACUCCCGGGUGUCGCUGCUGCCCACCUUCUCGUCGGAUAUCCUCCGCACACCCAACGCCAGUGAGCACGGCGCCUCCACGGCGUCCAGCACGUCCUCCACGCCAGCCAAAGCGAGCGCGCGCACCGGCGUGGUCCCUCCGAAGGAUGCCGAGUUGCACUCCGAGGUGGACGACGAUGGCCAGCCGCCGGAUGCGGACCUCCACCCACCCACCAGCAGCAGUUCCAUUUCUCCGCCGGACUCCUACCGGAGUUCCUCGGAUGACUCCGUGCGCCACAACGGCGGCAGUGGUGAUGGUCAACCCACCGCAAUCUUCACAGCGGCGGCGGCGGCGGCACCGACGUCGAUCUCGAAGGUAAACUCUUCCUUCCACGCCCCGCCGUACGCCAAGCCCAUCACGACGCCGCCGGUGUACCCUGCGCUGACGGCGCCGCAGUCCAGCAGCCCACCCACGGCCUCUCCUUUGCCAGGCGGCCUCUCGCCACAUCGCACGCUCAGCCUGCACUCGUCGAUGCGGUCAGAUGCGAGCGGCGGCAGCACCCGCGCGUCGUCGCUGAUGCUGCGGAACACGCAGAGGGAACUGGAGGCCCUGCUGGCCGAGGACGCCGCUGCGGAGCGCGCCAAAGCGCGGAAUUAG